AUGGGCAAGCGCACGGCGAGCCAAGCUGGCAUUGUCAAGGCCGAGAAGAACACCGUCGCCGCGUCUCCGAAGAAGCUAAAGACCGACGACACCACCGACUCGCAACCGGAGACUGCCGAUUCCGCCGCCCUCGCGAAGAAGGCGGAGAAGGCCCGUCGCAAGGAGGAGAAGGCAAAGGCCAAGGAGGAGAAGAAGCAGAAGAAGCGUGAAGCGAAGCAGGCUGCGGAGGCGAAUGGUGUGGCCAGCGAAGAUGUCGACAUGGUCGACGCUCCCACCACCUCCGAGGAUGUGACUGAGCAGGAGUCAUCCAAGGAGAAGAAGAAGGAAAAGAGGGAAAAGAAAGACAAGAAGGACAAAAAAGAAAAGAAGGACAAAUCGGAGAAGAAGGAGAAGAAGGCCAAGAAGGCAACCAAUGGCGUCGAGGAUUCCGGGGCUGUUCCGGCGAUUAACGGCACUGCGGCUGCAGCUGCGGACGCAGCUCCGUCUGGAUACGUCGAGGAUCCCGCUCUCUCUGCUCUUCCUCAGUCGGAGAUCGAUGCUUUCAUGUCAAAGCACUUUAUCGCUGUCACUGAUCCCCUCAGCACUGCCACGAAGCUCCGCCCAAUCAUUACCUUCAACAACCUUCCUGUCACUGACGAAUCGCUGCGUGCUCCCUUCAAAGGCUUCACUGCCCCCACUCCUAUCCAAGCCGCCGCAUGGCCCUCUCUGCUCGCUGGUAGGGAUGUCAUUGGUGUGGCCGAGACCGGCUCAGGAAAAACGCUCGGAUUCGGUGUCCCAUGUGUCCGCCACAUCAUGCGCCUGCCCAAGGGCAAAGGUGUCAAGGCGGUCAUCGUGUCUCCUACUCGCGAGCUGGCCUCCCAAAUCCACGAACAGCUGGUGAAGAUCGCGGAGCCAGCAGGUCUGAAGUCCGUCUGCAUCUACGGAGGUGUCCCCAAGGAUGAGCAGAAGAUCGGAUUGAAGAAGGCGAGCAUUGUCGUUGCCACUCCUGGUCGUCUCAACGAUCUUAUCGAUGAGGGUGCUGCGGACAUCAGCAAGGCUGAUUAUGUCGUUUUGGACGAGGCCGACCGCAUGCUUGACAAGGGUUUCGAGGAUGCCAUUCGCAAGAUCAUUAGCAGCACUCGCCCGCUCAACGAGCGCCAGACGCUCAUGUUCACCGCCACCUGGCCGAAAUCCGUCCAGGAGCUUGCAUCCACCUUCAUGAAGUCGCCGGUCAAGAUCACCAUUGGGGACAACCCGACUGGAGAGCUUCGCGCCAACACCCGCAUCAGCCAGACCGUGGAAGUUGUCGAGCCGAGGGAUAAGGACUUCAGACUUUCCCAGCUCCUAAAGGAGCACACGGCGGGCAGCAAGAAGAAUGACCGCAUUCUGAUCUUCUGUCUAUACAAGAAGGAGGCCACGCGUGUAGAGGAGACUCUCCGCCGCAAGGGCUUCAGGGUUGGCGGCAUCCACGGCGAUCUUAGCCAGGCACAGCGUACGGCCAGCUUGGAGAAGUUCAAGAAGGGCGAGAUUCCCCUUCUGGUUGCCACGGAUGUUGCGGCGAGAGGAUUGGACAUCCCCGCCGUGAAGGUCGUCAUCAACGUGACGUUCCCGUUGACUGCAGAGGAUUACGUUCAUCGCAUUGGAAGAACGGGCCGUGCGGGACAAGAUGGUAAAGCCAUUACUCUCUUCACCGAACAUGACAAGCCGUUGGCUGGAGCACUUGUCAACGUUCUCAAGGGUGCCAACCAGCCGGUGCCUGAAGAGCUCAUGAAGUUCGGCACUACCGUCAAGAAGAAGGGCCAUGAGGCAUAUGGUGCCUUCUUCAAGGAUACCACCGACAUGAAGCAGGCAACAAAGAUCACCUUUGACGACUAG